UCCUUAUUCUACUUCCUUAUCUUUUAUGCUAACCAGUCCCCUUCUCUAGCUUUCCUCAAGUCCCUUGAUUCUCUACUCAUACUAAUUAUUUCCUUUGUUUUCCUGUGUAGUCCUCCUUCACCCCCCUCGAAGCCUCCUCCAAUCCUCUCAUUUCAUCCUCCACCAACAUCAAAAUCCAACCCAUUCCCAAAUUCCAUAUUCGGCUCACUUACCCUUAACCCCCGUACUCGUACAGUACCGGUACUGGCCAAUUCGCAAAGCACAGACCGCCCCUAAGGUUACCAGGGCCCAAGCGCAUGGCAACACCAGCAACACUACCGUACUCGUACAAUGCAGUGCUCGAGUACCCGAUGGACAAUCCAUACUUUGCGACCUGGCUAGUACUGUGUAGAUGCUUGGCAGUAGUCAUAAAUAAUCCUUCGAAUAUCUGCAGCACAGUACAUCCCCCGAACAGCGCACCGGGGACUACCGACGCGGUACAGCAUCAAUACGGCACAUCAAAAGUCCGGACAUUGUGAGCAAGAAAUGAGCGAGAACAGGAAUUGGGGCUCUGGAAAUUUGGGGGGGAUGAUCAUCGUGGGCGGUAUCCACAUCACGCGGGGCCGCGCAUAAGGGCCGGUGUCGAACACUUGGUCGGGUGCUGUGGGUUAAGCUGGCUGGAGCUCUGGUCUGUGUGGUCUGUGGUUGGAUGUUGUUUUCUUGCGCUUUGUGGACUUUACGUCCGGUUGAGAUCAAGUUGGAGUGGUGAGUGGGUUCAUGAUACAACCCGCCAGGCUCCGUUGCUCGCACCUGUUUUUGUGGCGGUGGAGAGUUUGCUUGGGGGGCUCUGCCUGUCGGGUCGUGGUGGGGCUCGGGUGUGGAGCUUAUGCUUGGGUAACAUGAUAAUACGCUGAUCUCAGACCGCAGGCCGCCGUGCUGUGCCAGCACUCGCAUCAUAAGCCAUUAUUCUCCCCUCGUGUCCUGCAGGCAGAACGGAUUGCCACGAGUGUUGAUCUCAAGCGCCAGGAAGACCGUGUGCAGCAUAUGAUACAAGACAGACAAGGGGGAAGCCUUGAACCGAAGGGCCUGCAGGAUGCGAGCUUAGUAACACAUAUUAACUCGUGUCCCAGCCAUCGCCGUUGGAGUUUUCAUUCUUGGUAAGUUAACCGUCCCCCUUGCGAGAUUAACACCUACAAGUAAUAUGGAUGUCUGUCCAAAAAUAGAGGGAAACCUAAAAUAAAGGUUGCUUCGAGGAGCGUUGGCAUUGUUUUUUUUUUCGGGUCUGAAGUGCGCCAGUUAAAGAAAUAGUACUUGUAGCGCUCAUGAGCAGCAGGCGGCAAAAACGUUCGGACGACAGCCAAGGGGGUAUAAGCACAACCGACGAGUGACGAGCGACGGACCAUCCCCAAGCACACGAGAACAUUCGACACCGAUAUAUCGAAGCAUACCCCCCCCCCCUUUCCUCUCCCCUACUCUGUCGAAACCUAACAGUAUUCUUUUGACAUCGGCAUAUAACAGGGCGAGGAAGAGUCACAGACACUAUCGGUAUCCCAUCACCCUGGAAUCGCACUAAAAGCUCUGCCUAAAUCCUCUCGUAUCGCUAGCGGCGCACAGCACAAGCAGCUCUCGCCCACGCUUUCUCGGCAGGCCGGUCUCGGCGGGCCUGGCGUGCUUCACACCGUUCCGACCAUUGUGUUUGCUGAGAUUGGAUGCGAUGGAAGAGUAAGUUUCCCUGUCACUCGCUGCCCUCCCGCAGCUACUCGAGUAGCUGGAUCAGAUAUCUCAUCCCUAGUUCCACCGGAUUCUAGUCUAUGUAAUUCUAGUGGCCGAACUGUGCUGGAAUCUGGUGGAAUAAGCUAAACAGAACCGCCUAGCUAUCCCGCUGGGUCGGGAAACGCUUGAAUUUUAAUGCAAGGGCUGACAGUCCCUCCCAAGGGUUCCGUUCCGAGAGAUAAAUGUCCACGGCCACUUUAGUGGCAAUGUCAACAGCCAUAAUGUCAUGAAUAUCGUCAAUCACUAUCACAAAGGCAAGAAGAUAGAAGGUACAUAUAGUUAAACUAUUCCCUUAAUGACCUACAUGCGGACCAAAGUUCCUAACGCCCUUGCGUAGCACUAGCAAAAAGUACGGCAACCGGCCCUCAUUGGAUGGUCCCAUAUAGUCGAAAUCGAAAUUUUGUCGGCCGCGAGGAUAUUAUUGACCGUGUGCAGAGGCUGGUGGAUGACACCCGGCAUAGCCGAAUUGCUCUCUGUGGAUUAGGUGGUUCUGGGUGUGCCCCCUCUUUUGCCUCGCCUGACGAGCGCCCAUGGAAUUAUCUUAUUAAUACGCUUUAGCAAAACGGAAAUCGCUCUAGAAUACGUCUAUCGGAAACGGGAUCAAUGUCAUAUCUUCUGGGUGCAUGGGAGUGAGUUUCCGAAGUUUAGCGAAGAUUAUGAAUACAUCCUAGAGUGCGCCGGCGUUCGUCUGCCUGCUCUGGACAACGAGAGAGACGAGCAGGAUGUACUGUUUGGGGUGAGGGAAUGGCUCGAAAGCCCGGAUAGCGGGGACUGGAUCUUGGUCCUCGAUAAUGCCGAUGACGAGGAGAACUUUAAAGUUAAUAAGGGCGCCAUAUCAAAAUUCGUACCCCAAGGCUCGAAAGGCGUUGUGAUAUUCACCACAAGAUCUCGUCAAGUAGCCUAUCGGGAAGGCUGCACCUUGCUGGAAGUGGGAGGUAUGACGGAUGAAGAGUCUAGGGACCUGCUCCUCCGUCGAGUCGACAAUUUAGGGCCCUUGGAGGAAAGGGACAAAUGGGCUGUUGGUGUGCUAAUUGGCGCGUUGGAUUGCCUCCCUUUGGCUCUCGCUGGUGCGGCAGCCUUCAUGACUGAGACAAGCACAUGGCCUUACGAGUACUGGGAAAUCUUCCAGGAGAAUGGAGAGCGAAAAAGGGACUUGCUUCUGAGGAAAUUUCGGGAAAUUCAUCGAGAGGCGGAUAUGACGGAGAGUAUUCUCAGCACCCACUUCACCACAUUUGACCGGCUCAAAGAGCAGAAGCCUGCGGCUGCAAACCUCCUCCUCCUCAUCUCAUUCUUAGAUCGCCAGGACAUACCGGAGGACCUAUUGCUUCACUCCGGUCUGCCUGGGACGGAUAACCCUAUCGAUUUUCGUAUGACUAUUGGGGCGCUUAUGGGGCUCUCCUUAGUCACCAGGUCAGCAGAUAAGUUACUGUAUGAUCUUCAUCAAUUGGUGCAGCAAUCCGUACAGGCGUACGUCUCCUACGACGAGGCUUGCCAUUGGCGGGAAACAGCUCUAGAGGUGAUUUGGCGAGUAUUCCCUGACUACGACUACGGCCUAGGACAUCUUUGUGCUGCUUACGUUCCGCACGCACUCUUUGUCACCCGGGAUUCGACGGAUGCUAAGGUUGGCCUUAUCUGUUACCGUAUAGCACACUAUUUCCUAGAAGUAGGUUACUAUGAUAGUGCGGAGGUCCAAAUCAAACGAUGUACCUCUCUUCGGGGCAAUACACCUGAAGGCGAUCCAGAGCAUAUAGCAGAGAUCAACCUCUUGGCUCGGGUAUUGCAAAGCUCGGGCAAGUACCAGGAAGCGGAGGAUAUUAACCGCCGUGCAUUGGAAGUUAGGGAGAGAGCGCUUGGACCGCAACAUCCCGAUACGCUUACUGUAGUUAGUAGCUUGGCUAUAGUUCUGCAGAAGCUAGGGAAGUAUGAUGAAGCGGAGAGGAUGCACCGGCGUGCGCUUGAAGACACAGAAAGAAACCUGGGCCCGGAUCACAUUACGACUCUCGCUAGAGUCGACAGUUUAGCUAGGAUGGUACAGGAUCUAGGGAAAUAUGACGAAGCAGAAAAGAUGCAUCGACGGGCUGCGGAGGGCUGCGAAAAAGAAUUAGGUCCCGAACACCCCGAAACCCUCAGCAAGGUUUACAACCUGGCUUUGGUAUCGCGUCGCCGGGGGCAAUGGCAUGAGGCAGUGGAAAUGUCCGAGCGUGUAGUAGAAGGUCGAGAGAAAAAGCUAGGGCCGGAGCAUCCCGAUACCCUCGCAGGCGUCAGCGGCCUUGCUUUGGCGCUGCGGAAACUUGAGAAAUACGAUGAAGUGAAGGAACAUUUGUCUCGUGUAGUGGAAGCUAGACUGGAAACCCUGGGAUCACGGCACCCGGAUUUUCUCGCUAGCCUCAACGACCUGGGUGCAGUGCUUCAGGACCUGAAAGCAUAUGACGAGGCCGCAGGCCUACAUCAGCGUGCGCUAGCACUCAGAGAGGAGAUCCUUGGUCCGGAAAAUCCUGAGACCCUUACCAGCCUUAGCGAUUUGGCACUAGCAUUGCAGAACCUGGGAAAGAGCGACGAAGCAGAGAAGAAGCACCGAGCGGUGUUAAAGUCUAGGGAGAAGGUAUUGGGUCGGAGUCAUCAUGACACGCUUGCUACCGUCAGCGAUCUAGCUUUGGUGUUAGACAGCCAAGGUAACCGGGAUGAGGCAGCAGAGAUGUUUCGGCGCGCGCUCGAGGGAUACGAGAACCAGCUUGGCCCAGAUCACCCAGACACCUUCUCCAGCCUUUACAAACUAGCCUCUGUUCUGCGGUCUCAGGGAAAUUACAGCGAGGAAGCAAGGUUGCAUCGGCAUGCGGUGAAAAUUAGAGAGAAGAUACUAGGGCCAGAUCACCACUCCACGCGCAAUAGCAUCACCGAUCUUGCCAAAGCACUCCAAGCCCUGGGAAACUAUGACGAAGCAGAGAAGCUGUUCCGACGUGUCUGGAAAGGCAAGGAGAAGACCUUUGGGGCCGAUCAUCCUCAAACCAUCACCUCUUGGAACCGCCUAGCCGUCAUACUGCAAGACCGUGGGAGGCGGGAAGAAGCACGGAAGAUAUACCGACAGGUGUUCGAAGCGAGAGAAAAAACUCUUGGACCAAACCACCCCUCUACUCUCGCUAGUGGCAACAACUUGGCGUUAUCACUGCAAGACAUCAGAAAAUAUGCCGAAUCAGAGGCAAUGCAUAGACGCGUGCUUGAAGGUUUGGAGAAAGAGCUUGAGCCGGAUGACCUCACGGUCAUUAAUAGUGUCUUUUCCUUGGGUAUGUCGAUGCGAGGUGGGAGAAAAUUUGCCGAAGCAGAGAAGAUGUUCCGGCGUGCGCUAGAAGGCUACGAAAGGGUGCUCGGACCGGAGCACGCGGAGACCCUCCUCGGAAUCGACCGAUUAGCGGCUACACUUCAAGACUUAGAAAAGUAUGACGAAGCAGAGAAGCUAUACCACAGAGUGUUGGGAGUCCGAGAGAAAACCUUAGGUCCCAGUCACCGACUCACACUCGCCUCCAUCUGGAAUCUUGGUUGGAUUCAGGAAGAACUAGGACGCCUGUCUGAGGCGGAGCGGGACUACCAACGAGCAUACGAAGGGCUCUGCGAAGUCCAGGGGAAAGACCACCCUGACACUGCUCUAUACUUGAAGUAUUUGAGUAGCCUGAGAACGAGAUUGUCCGCAUCAGUAGAUGCUGCGGAUGCCGAGAAUCGUGAAACCGGCGCAGAUGUAGAGCAAAGGGUUACGGCAGCUAUACACGCGGAGGCAACCCCAGAGGCCAAUCCGGAAGUUGCAGCUAAGAUUAAAUCCAAUAGCUCCGCAGGUGCAAAGCAUGAUUUACCACCCGCCGCCGAAACCACAAGUAUCGCAGAAUCUGGGGCGGUGGUGAAUCCAAAAAUUAGCCCUCCCGAAGUUAACCCGGCACAAGACAAACCAUUACCCAGUGAUGCUGCAGCUGAAGCUCAUAGGAAGCCCAGUCGGAGGGUACGACUGAUUCAUCUUUUUUGCUUCGGCCUCAGCCAUUGAGCUAGCGAUAAUUGCGAAAGAUGGGAGGAAGAUCUAUGAAUUCUCGUAAGGGUCUAAAAUUUGGGAGUGUAAAUGGGAAAGGAGGGAUGGUCGGUCUCGAGGCGGCGGGAAAAAAAAACGACCUUUAUAUAUAGGCCCAUAUAGGGAAUGUACUGUUAAUUAGAAUAGCUGAUGUAUAGGUGAAAUGCAUUUUGGCUUCUCCGGAGCGAAUCCCCUCGAUUUACAUUACUCGAGUAGUAUGUUCUACCGCGAGCAGCCAUUCCCUCACUCAACGGUGCCCUCCUUUACAAACUUUCCCCCUCCUCACUGUUGUGCCCAACAAUGAUCAAUAUGCCCCAUUUGCGCCGCCAACACACCAGGGAUUCACUAUAUGGAUUUUCCCCCCUGGACGUGAGAGCUAUGUAUGCGGCCUCCGGAUGGGCUCCUUUAGAGCCUUACGCCAGGGGACUCACUUGCAGGAGAUUCCCACGGAGAGAGCAUCCCAAACAAGCCCCCUAGCACUAGCACUAGCACGCUGAGGAAGGAGAUCUACCGCCAUAGACUAGCCAAUCCCCCCCCCCCAGAAAAAACCAUCGCCGCUCACAAAAUGUCCGACCUCUACCCACCCGUCAGCGAGGAUGCAAUUAGGGGGAACAAGGGAAUCCGCUGAGCACGGUGAUAACAUUCGAAUGAACCUCCGGUGAAGGGGAAUAUCAAUCCGAGGUUC